AUGCUUGAGAACGCACACGAUACGGCAUAUGCCCUCGUGCGACGGGACUUUUUGAACCGCGCCAAGUGGCAGGCCUUCUUCUCGGCGAUAUUGAUGGCGCUGACAUCAAUCGUGUUCCCCAUUGGCUUUGACGUUGAGCGCAUCGGGGGAGAGCCAUACAGGUUACCAGAGGACACAAAAGUCGGGUACUCUUACUUCCUCUUUAUCACCUGCCUUGUCUUCAUCUUCCUUGGAGAGUUGUUUGCCACACGCGUCAUCCUUCCCAUCGACGCAUGA